AUGCCUCCCCCUCCUCCCCCGCCCCCGCCGCCUCCUAUGGCUGGUGGUCCUCCUCCUCCACCCCCUCCUGGUGGUAACCUACCAGCCAGGCCUAUAGGAAUAACACAAGAUCGGGGUGCCCUUCUUUCAGACAUCUCGAAAGGUGCUCCUCGUCUUAGGAAAGCUGUAACAAAUGACAGAUCAGCACCUAUGGUUGGAAAGUCGUCCGGUGCAUCAAGCGGUCCUCCAAUCGGCGGAGCCCCGCCCGUGCCUGGCAUUCCCAAACCUCCCGGUGGAUUAGCCCCUCCUGUCCCUGGCGGAAAUAGACUGCGGAGUAAUAGUGAUCAAGGUCGUACAGGUGCAGGGGCUGGAGCUGGGGCCGGUACCAAUGCUGAUGAAAGCGGCACACUCCCUUCAGCGCCGCAAUUAGGUGGGUUAUUUGCUGGGGGUAUGCCUAAGCUAAAGAAGCGUGGCGGCAUAGAUACAGGUGCGAGUGCAGAUGCGUCAUAUCUCUCCGACUCUGAAAGCUCUCGGAAGCCAGGCCCUUGGGCUCCCACUGGCACUGCUCCACCACCGCCACCAAACGUUCGUCCGCCACCUCCAACACCGGGCGGUGGCCCUCCACAACCAUCUGAAAACCCUCUAGUUGCAAAUUUACGAAAGGUACCUCCGCAUCCAGCUGGAAGACCAUCAUCCACAAUAUCAUAUCUCUCUACCAAAUCGGCUCCGGAGACGCCUGCACGACCGCCUCCAUUUCUAGGAUCGAAACCUCCUCCUCCCCCCCCGGUCUCUUCUCGAAAGGUCUCGGCUCCACCUCCACCCGCGGCUCCUCCUCCACCACCUUCAUCCGUAUUGCCUGCACCUCCCCCACCGUCUGCUCCUCCACCUCCUCCAGCAGCGGCUGCACCCCGGCCACCCCCAUCACGAUCUACCCCUCCACCCCCGUCUCCCGCCGCUCCGCCUGUUGCCAACGGGGCGCACGCAGCAGCUUCUACAGCCUCAAUAGCAAUGCAGGCCGCUAGAAAUGCUUUCUCGCAAUCAUCUCAUCCACCACCCCCACCGCCGACGUCCGCUCCAUCCGCUCCCCCAGCACCUCCGCCCCCGCCACCGCAAGCAUCCCCUCCCUCUUCUGCGCGAACAUCAUCCUUAUUAUCAACCCCACUCACCUCUCGCCCCUCAUCCUUCGCAGACAAACAAAAUCAAUAUCAAGCACCCCAGCAACAGCAACAGCAACAACAGCAACAACAACCUAACCGCUCCCUGCUCGACCCAAGCAACUAUACCCUUACAAACGGUGGUUCUUCACCGCAUCCCAGCUCUCGAGGCAGUAGUACGCGAAGCAGUUCACAGAGAAUACGGAUCGAGGAUCCAAGAUUUAGAUUCCAGAAUGAGUCGCUAUUUCCGAAACCAAGGGAGUUCCGUGGCGGGCAGAAGUUGUAUAGGGCUGGCAGGGGAAGUAGUGUUCCGUUGGAUCUUUCAGCGUUGGUUUGA